AAUAAGUAUGUUUAGACAAAAGUAAAAGUUUUAAGAAAACGGUUAGAUUCGAAAUUAUUUGUGUAUUGAAAAAUAUAGGUAUAGCUUAUAUGUAUAUACAUAGAUAGUAUGGCAUUACCAAAGAGUAAGGAAUGGUCGCGUUCGUUGAUUUGCAGACCCAAAGAUAAUUUGACCACUGAGGCCGGGCGACGUGCCCAGCAUCAAGUCAUGGUGUCAAGCCUCGAGAGAGAGUGUGUGCCUGGUACGAUGGCAAUGCUCAUUGGCAUGGAGUAUGCGCGUAUAUGGUUGAAAGAUCGGGAGGCGUUUCAGAAGAAGCGAGACGAUUCGAAGGCUAAGUACAUUAAGAACGACUUUGAUUGGUGGCUCAAGUUGCGCAAGACUAACAGGUGUUUCUGUUCCAUCUGAAA